GAAUAACUCAGCUAUACAUUAUUACCUAUAAUUCCAUUUUGACUAGUUGCACUUAAGUAGUAAAACUUUUUAAAAAAUGAUUGCACACAACUGUAUCUUUUUGUCAACAUUUGUAAUACUAACAGUCGACUACUUUAUGAUAAUUGAAUCAACAAACAACAAAGUUUCGCCGUCAUAUUACAUCAAUCAAGCGUUCAGUGUUUCAUACGUUAAUAUAGUGAAUAAUUUGAUAACCUACAAUGAGCGAGAAAUAAAAUUGAGUGAAAAAGAAAUCACAACUCUGACAACUCCCGUUCGGACUUACAACGACACCAAAGGCCUCGAUAUGGGGUUUGAUAAAUUCGAAAAGAAACUGCAAGAUUUGAAAUGUACUUGCUCUCUAAUCGUUAAACCCAAACUGGCGUACUUGUCAAAUAUUCUGGAAGGCUUGCAAAGUGGCGGAGCUAUAGAAGUGGCAAAAGACAAAUUGACCGUGUUGAAGGAAGAAGCGGGUCUUAUGGUUCUGACGUUCCAAAUGGGCCAAGUCAAAGCGGGCAAAUGGUUUUGGAGUUAUUAUUUGAAAAUCGCGGCGAUCGUUGAGUACGAGAGCAACAAAAACUUCUUCGGGCAAACUGUUUUCGGAGAAGAGGAAUUGCAAAGCGGUAUUGCAGAUUUCAUAAAGUAUUGCAAGGAUAACAAAUACCUUCCCAAAAACCGAGCGGAGUCGUCCGGUUCGGCGUGGAAAAAUUCCAACGUGCCGGUCAACAUGUUUCAAGAACUUAGAGGCGCGGCUGCAACAGCUAUCGCGUACGACGCCAUGAAAAACAUAUCUAUCGAAGGUCUGUAUCUAAAACCGUUAUGGGACGAACACGAAUUAUUGUUCGGCCAAAUCACCGGCUCGGUCGUGGAAUGGGGACCAGCGAUACGACGGCACGCAGCCGAAGUGGACAAAACCGAUGAAUACAUUGCGGACCGCCAAUGGAUAUCGAAACCGUUCGGACACCUCAGUUACCACAAGUUGAUCAAACAAAUCGUCACCACCAGAGCGUACGUCUAUCUGUGGGUGAUGUUUGUGAUUUUCCGCGAAAAAAUGCCGCCCAACAUGGACGAGAACCGUUUCAAUACAUUUUACACGCAGUCCAUCAACAUAAUAAAUACGGUAAUGGAAUUCAUGUCGCAUACGGACAAUUUUUUUUAUGAUACAGUCACAGAGUACCACUGGACCCGGCCGGAAAACACAAGUCUCGGCAAUCUCAUAGCUAGAGUAUCGAGAAAAGCCAAAGACGCUUUAGUCGAGUUGAACGGCAGGAAUUCCAACGGAAGCGAUUGGAUCAGCGUCGACGUAUACGACGAACUGAGCAACGACAAUAUGAUGAUGGAAUUCCUCAAAGAAUUUUUCGAUUACUUUAAAAAUCUAAAAGCCAAGUUAGGUCCUUAUUGUUAUGUGCUUGCGAUGAACCUUCUGAGCGAAGGCGAUUAAUGCCAUUUAUUUUCACGGCUAAAUCAUGUAUCCUACUUUGCACAUGUCGGUAAUGCAAUGACAUUGCAAUUUGUCUUCUCCUAAACUUUAAUACGCCAUUCUUUCUGGACAGCCUGACAAUUCGCAUGAGUCGCGGAAAUGCUCAUUGUUGAUGUCUCGUUUUUUAUUAAAUAUUUAAUUACACUGUUUAAUUUUAGUAGUACUACUAUAAUAUUGUUUGUUUAAUGAUAUUGUCAUUAUUUAAAAAAAAAAUAAUAGAAAAUUAUUCUUUUUAACUGAAAGAUUUGAAUUAUAAGAUUUUGUAUCUUUUUUUUAAAAUUAAAUUAACACUAACAUUGAUUAUUUUUUUUAUUCACAAAUAAAGUACAUUUAUAAUUUUUGU